AUGAGUAAUUAAACAUUAUUCACUGUUUAUCUAUUAAUCUCUUGUCCCUAAUUGAUAGUUCAGUUGAUCAAAUAGCAACACUUAAACCAAUUAUUCUAAAAUUUAAGUCGGUAUGGAAUAUUUAAAAGAAAUCAUAAGUUAAGGGUUUGCCUCAUAUUAAUAGUUACCUUUAUGUUAAUUUCUUAAUCCUUUAAAAGGUAAUAUGAUAAAUAUAAAUAAUUUUAAGCCUCACAUCUAAUGAGAUAUUAGAAUCUCUUAUUUAUAGAUAUAUAAUUUAAGUGUAUCAGAUUCAACAAUAAAAAGACUGAAUACUAUUUAAUUAACAUUUUCAUAAAACAGAUUUAUAAAUAUAAAACUAAAUAAGAGAUUAAAAUGAAUGAGAAUAGGUGCAUCGUAAAGAGGGUCAUGUAUAUAAGGGAAUGCUUAAAUCUUCUUAAAUUCAACUAUAUCAUCUAAAUUAUUAGUAAAUCAGUUAAAUUAUAUCUUAUUAAAAUCUUUAACUUUAGAUACUAAUCAAAUAUAACCUAUUAGAUUAAAUAAACAAAAAAUCAAACCAUUAAUCCUUUAUUAAAUUUCUAAUUAUGGAAUCGCUCAUAUUUACUAUUAUAUACUAAUAAAAUCAUACAAGAUAAACAAUGA